AUGCCGCCGCACAACGGCACGCCGCAGCUGUACUCUGUUGUACCUGAGCCUGACAAGGAUCCCCAGUGGGCAGGAUGGACACUGCCGAUCAUGUCGGAUGGCUUGCUCUUGUCGGUGUCAGCGUACGCCCAGGAUGUCUUGGCCUUUGCCUCCACGUUCUUGAACAAAUGCGGGUUCUUGUCAGCAGUGCCAAGAUCUGCUCCGAUAGGCAUUGCGGCACAGACAUUCGCAUCCGUGGAGGAGAGGAACGAGGCGAUGCUCCGAAACAGUUUCCUCCGCGAGCGCUUCACCCAGGACUAUGAGCAAAAGCUGUACAAGUGCGGCAUUCGGCUAGCUGUCUUCAACACAGCCCUGCGGCGGUCGGACAUGAUGACAAACAGUGGCCGGAUGGAUCCCGGGUUCCGGCAGUUCAUUUCGCCACUCCCUUCCGACGGCCUUGAGAUGGCGGCGCUGUACGAGUCCAGCAAGUCUUUGUGGGCGACCGAUCAGGGCUACUUCUACUGCAUCAGCCUGAUCCCUGCGACGGUUUGCGCUUCGAGGAAGUUCGUGACGGAGACGAUGAUGCCCUUCUGCGAGGUGAUCAAGGGCGAUCUGGACGAGACCAUGGAGGACUUCCGCUUCUCGAAGAAGAAGGACGUGACGUUCGCCUACCUGGGCGACGGGGACGACUUCGGGCUCUUCUUGGAUGGCUACACCUUGGACCGGGUGAUCAUGUGGAGGCGGGUGCCGCUGGUGAUGAAGUUUCAGCGGCAUCAGGAUGCCAUUGGCAGGCCGUACACGGUCACCCUUUGCCGGCACUUUGAGGCAGUGGCUGGAUGGCUGGGGUUCGGGCUUUCAGAGUGCACUUUGAGGCAGUGGCUGGACGGCUGGGGGUCCGGCUUUCAGAGUGCCACCGAGGCCAGCAUCGGUGCCACUCAUGCCCGUUUUGGUCUCGGGGCGGCCAAACUUCCACAAAGAUUGUUGGUGGGAACUGAUUGCAGUGGCAUUGAUGCACCGAUCCAUGGCCUUAGGGAGCUCGGCAUCACGCACCAGCAUUUGUUUGGGAGUGAGGUGGCUGCUGGUCCUCGGUCGGUUAUCGAGGCUAAUACCAAGCCCUCGGUACUGUUCCACAGUGUCCUGGAUGCUGACAAGGCACCGUUCGUUCACCUGUACAUUGCCGGCUUCAGCUGCAAGCCGUUCAGCCUGCUCCACAAUAAGUCAAGGCUCCUCAAGGAAAAACAGGCUCAAAUAUUCUAUGGGGUCGUUGCACGCAUCCAACUUGUGCGGCCCUCGUGCUUCGUGCUGGAGAAUGUGUCAGGCAUCAAGCGUGUUUCUGCAAAGGUUCUGGCGGCACUCAGGUCCACAGGCUAUCAUGUCGAAAUGAUUUUGAUGAACCCUGCCGAGCUACAGGAGCCCAUCCAGAGGCCUAGGUACUACUUCAUCGGGGUCCGGCAAGAUGUGAGCCUCAUCUCGCCAAAGGACAUGUCGUGCUGGCUUCGUGAGGCUUGGGCGGAAGUCCUGGAUGCAGUUGCUUCCGGAGACGCAGUCGAUCUUUUGGAUAGACUGCUACCGGCGAGCCACCCUGCUGUGGCACAGUACCAGGAAAGCCGCAAACGGAAGUGGUCGCAAGCUUCCAACCGUGGGUUCCCAGGCUCCCAGGCUCCAGGCUCCCAUGCUCCAAAGUGGAAAGAAUUGCACAAGAUGUGCAAAGCUUCAAUGCAGCAGGGCAGCCGGUUGAAGAGUGAGAGUCGGAGGCCUUGCACUGAGAGCGGAGUCGCCUGCUGCGCAGACACGUUGUUCCUGCAUUUGCCGCGUGAGCGUGAUGCCUGGGACAUCAUUUGCACAAAGCAUGCAGGCAGUAAGGAGCUUGUCGCGGAUGUAUCCCAGAAUGUGAACCGAGCCCGGGUGCGGACCGAUGGCUCCCUGCCUACUGUUACACCUGGGGCCGUACUGGUAUCCGCACGAGCUGGAAGGAUCAUUAGCCCGCUUGAAAAAGUCAUGCUGCACGGUUUUCCAAUUCACCGUAUGGUUUUUCCCAGCAAAGUGACCGACAAGGAGCUCGCCAGCAUGGGCGGCAACACGAUGCAUGUGCAGAUUGUAGCCGUGGCAAUGAAGUUUGCGCUUGCGUUGGUAAACUGGAGCCUGCCCAAAGCUUCCCGGCCGACAGCCUUGUGCAGCACCGUUGCUGCGCCAAGCAUAACUGCUUCAGUUGUGCUCGGCGCAGCAGCGAAAUGCCGCAAGCGCCAUGGCAAGCCACGGAAGGCUCCCAAGGCGCGAAAGGCUGCAUCGGCGCAGAAGCCUCCAAAGGCACCAAAGGCUCCAAAGGCUCAGAAGGCUGAAGGCAUGUCAGCUUUGGCAAAGCGUUGGCAGAAAGUCUUGAGACCGCAGGCAGCAAAGAAGUGCUCGAGGAAGGGUGCCACGGCCACAUUGGCGAUUUCAAUGCCAGUGGGUAGCCGCACCCUGCGUGGUCUUGCCGCUCGGUUCGGACUACGCUCCCGGAAGCAGGACCGGACGCCGGCAAAAAAAAGACGAGGUCCACAAGGAUCCGUGCCUGCGGCCCCGAAGAAGCUUCGGCUCGAGUCCGGCGAAGGCCUGGCUCAGGAGGGCGACGACGACACCGGAGGCGAUUGGGGCAUCGGCUGUCACUUUUGUGCACACUUGAUGAAUGUUUUGGCACAGAACCCAGCAGAGCGGAAGAGGCUGGGCAGUCGCCUCUCUACCAAGUGGGGUGCCUAUGAGGUCCGAUCAAGGAGUGCGAUGCAGGCAUGCUGCAUACACGCUCACAGCAAGACCUUCGUUCACCAGGUGGCCACUAAGGUUUACCUAGCUCCUGACACGCCGAUCUCACAGUGCUUGCCUUACAGCAUCAAGCAUCAGCACCUCUUCUCCGGCAACGUUCCUCAGCCGGCAGAUUGGCUGCGAGCGUGGCGGGCGUGCCGGACAGCAUCUUCUUUCAAAGGUGCCGUGAAAUUCUAUUCCACGGAAGACUUCGCUGCUGGCAGGAACACGAAGCUUGACAGUGUGAGCCAGGAUGCAGCACUUUAA